AUGGGUCGAUCCAAGGGCCGUGAGACAUCCAUUAAGGACAAUUGGAAAUGCGUGAGCAUUUGUUUGGCCAUGGCUCUUGCCAACUGCCAGUAUGGCUACGACACAGCAACUAUAGGCGGGUUUCAAGGCAAGCCGAACAUCCUCUGCUGGACAGAAUGCUUCCUCAAAGUAUUUGGCUACCCCGACCCGGAGCGACCCAUCGGCUACAAUAUCGGCACCAAGCCACAGCAACUCAUAACGUCGUUCUUGAACGUCGGCACCAUCAUCGGUGUCCUUCUCACAGGGCCCUUUGCGCACUUCUUCGGUCGUAAGGUGGGAGUCUGGACUGCCUGCUUAGUUUCCUGCACCGCCUGCGCUAUUCAAAUUGGAACCUCCAACCUCGCCGGCCUCUACGCCGGCCGCUUACUGAUCGGAGCCAGCAAUGGAUUUUUCAUCACUUUUGCCAACACCUACACUGCCGAAGCGUCGCCAGCGCACCUGCGGGGCUUCAUUGUCUCCUUCUUUGGCAUCUGGGUUUCUGUCGGUUCUCUACUUGGCACCAUUGCGGACAACUACAGCAAGAGUCUCGAUUCCAAACUCUCCUACCAGAUCCCCCUCGCCACCAUCUUCGCCAUUCCCGUCAUGCUUUCCAUUCUGAUAUUCUUCAUUCCAGAAUCGCCUCGCUGGCUACUUGUGCACGAUCGCCCAGAAGACGCGCGCAAGUCUCUCCUGCGCCUGCGCGGGAACAGCAUGUCUCCUGAGCUCAUCGAAGAGGAGUUUGUGGAGAUGAAGCGCGGCAUUGACGAGGAGAAAGAACUCGGCAGCUCUGUCUCUCUCCUGGACCUGUUCCGGGGUCCCGACCUCCGCCGCACGCUGCUGUGCUUUGGCGUUAUCCUCUCGCACGCCUCGUCCGGUAUCUGGCUCGUCAUAGCCUACGGUACUUUCUUCUUCCAGAUGGCCGGAGUGGAUAACGCCUUCCAAGCAUCAAUCCUCUCAACCGCUGCCUCUUUCGCAGGUGUUCUUGUCGGCCUGUACUUUGUGCACAAAUGGAUCGGCCGCCGCUUCAGCAUGUGCUUAGGGAGCCUGGGUGCUGGCCUUUGCAUGCUUGCGGUUGCUAUAUCGUACCACGUCGCUCCAAACACGAAGCCUGCGGGCAAAUCAUUGGUGGCGUUCAUUAUGAUCUAUGGAUUCGUGUACAAUGGCUUCUCCGGCACUCUGAGCUGGCCCGUUACCACCGAGGUCGUAUCUUCUCGGCUGCGAGUCAUGAGCAUCGGCUUCGGCACCGCAAUCAACUAUUUCUUCAGCUGGUUGGUUAGCUAUACCGCCCCGUACUUCAUCAACAAGACGGAACUCAACUGGGGCCCUCGUUAUGCUUAUAUCUGGGCUGGGAGUAACUUUGCAACUUUCUUGUUUUUCUUCUUCUUCCUACCGGAGAUGAAGGGCAGGUCUUUGGAGGAGCUCGACGAGCUGUUUCAGAACAGGGUCAGCGUGAAGGAUUUCUCAAAGUAUCAGUGCGUAAGUUCGCAGCGAGCAAGGGAGAUCGUAGAGCAGCAAAUCCAUGGCGAUGAGGCCCAUAGUAAGGAUGGGGAAGUUGAGGUCGAGCACCACGAGGAUGCCGCGGGGAAGGUGUGA